UACCUAGCAACCGUUUCCAAAUGGAGAUGGAGUACCAGGCAGAAAUCUGACAGACGCUGAACUGAACCAGCGUUUAGUUAGUUUAGUUAGUUUAGUUUAGUUAGUUUAGUUUAGUUAGUUUAGUUAGUGAGGCUCUUAACACCUCGGUAACUAUCGGACUUUGGACAGAUAUGGCUGUAGCAAACACCACGUCUGUGCUGAAAGAGUGUGAGCUGAAACACUGCCUGCCACAAAUAUAUAAGGCCUUAUUGACAGCUUCAUGCCUGUCAUGUCCCAAUGACCCAAUACAGUUUCUGAAAAACGCCCUUCUGACCUUCCAGGGACACGAUAAUCUCCAGGAUGUUGACUGGCACAAGUUUGUUGCUGAUGCAGAACAUCGCACCACAACUACCUCUCUCACACGUAGGACAGUGGACGCUGCCUAUAUGGACCAAGAUGACGCUAUGCUGUCCUUUUGUCUGUUCGAGAAGGCCUACUCCAAUUACAGGAAACAUUUAACAAGCUCUUGCUUCAGGAAGUGGAAGAGGUUCACUACGCAGAGAAAGAGAAGUGCCAUAGAGCUGACUCUGAAGAUGAACCUCGCAAAGAAGCAUUAUGAGAGGAAAUGCCAGUGGCUUGCACUCACCAAAUGGUCAAACUGGGUAAAAAUGCACAAGAAGAAGCAGGCUGUUGCCAUCGAGAAACUUGUGAAACUUGUAAACGCUGGCCGCCUUAAGCGCAUCACAGCUGCAUGGCGUAAAGUUGCAAAGGACUCAAAGAGGACAAAAGAGUAUUUUAAGAGGUUGGAAAUGGGGUUUAUUGAAAAAAGCAACAAAGUCCACCAGAUUUGGGAAGGAUGUGACGGAUUCUCAGUGCUCCCUAGCAGCCUCUCACUGAAGAUCUUUCAAUAUUUAGAACUGCGAGACUGGCUAAAUUGUGCCGAUGUGUGCUGCAUGUGGAGAGCUAUCAUCCGGUCAGGCACAUUAUGGAGUCAGAUCAACUUCUCUGUGGAGAAAAACUGGAUAACAGACAGCACAAUGAAGCAGAUUCUGCAGAACUACCGCCCAUUUGUGAUCCACCUCAACCUGCGCGGCUGCACGUCUCUAAAAUGGCCCAGCUUGAAAUGUAUCAGUGAAUGCAGAAAUCUCCAGGAGCUGAAUGUGUCAGAGUGUUUUAAUGUUACAGAUAUGAUGGUUCAGAGAAUCGUCGAGGCUUGUCCCUGCCUGCUCUACUUGAACCUUUCUUGCACACUCAUAACAAACAAAACUCUGAGAGAACUGUCCAGGAACUGUCUCAGCCUUCAAUACCUGAGUCUGGCCUACUGCUACAGAUUCACAGAUAAAGGGUUUAUGUACCUGACCACAGGGAAGGGCUGCCACAAUCUCAUCCACCUCAACCUGUCCGGUUGCACUCAGAUGACGGUAAACGGGUUCAGAUACAUUUCUGCCGGAUGUCCUUCACUCAGAGAGAUUGUGAUCGAUGACAUGCCCACGCUUUCAGAUAGCUGUGUUUUGGCACUAAUUGCCAGAUGUCGCUGUCUGUCUGCCAUUUCUCUCCUGGAUGCUCCUCAUCUUUCCGACAUCACCUUCAAAGCCAUCGCUGAAGUAGCCAAACUGAAGACUUUUUGCACAGAGGGGAACAACCAACUAACAGACAUAAGCUGGACGGCCUUGUGCAGCAGCUCACAAGGCCUCUGCAGACUCCACGCCGCAGAAUGCACCCGGAUGACCGACGCCAGCCUCAAAUCCAUGGCCGCCCUCAAGAACCUGCAACACCUGGACAUCUCUUGUAACAAGGUUAGUGAUAUUGGUAUCCAGUGUUUGACUGAAGGUUCCUCAUCCACCAAACUGAGAGAGCUGAAUGUCAGUCAGUGCAGUCACAUCACUGACAUAUCUGUCAAGAGGAUUGCACAAAGGUUGUGUAAACUGUACCAUCUCAACAUGAGUUAUUGUGAGAGACUGACUGACAUGAGUGUUGAGUGGCUGAGUGGCAGCUCUAUCUGCUCUCUUGACAUCAGCGGUUGCAACAUCAACGAUCAGGGACUGGCAGCUCUUGAGGGAAUUCCCUUGAAGAAGUUAGUCCUUUCCGAGUGUGUCUACGUCACAGACAUUGGCAUAGAGAAGCUGUGCAAGAAUGUGAGGGAUCUGGAGCAUGUUGAUGUAUCUCACUGUGUGGCUCUGUCAGACCCAGCCAUCAGAGCCAUUUCAUUUUACUGUAGAGGUCUAGUCACACUGAGGAUGUCAGGUUGUCCCAAGAUGACAGAUAUGGCCAUGCAGUAUCUGACAAGUGGAUCUCAGUACCUGCGAGAGCUUGAUGUGAGUGGCUGCGUUCUUCUCACAGAUCGCACUCUCAGACACUUAGAGAGGAUCUGUCCUCCACUCUGCGCCCUCACGAUGAUCUGCUGCAGCAGCAUCUCCAAGGUGGCCGCCUUAAAGCUUCAGCCACGCGUGGAGUACUGGAAGCACAGCAAUGACGACCCUCCAUACUGGUUUGGAUACAACACGGGCCAAGUGAUGCAUCCAAUCACAAGACCCACGAAGACCGACGACACCUGGGAAGUGGUGGAGCAGCACUCAGUGAUGACCGGAGCAGCAAAACAACCUCUGAGCUGAUAUCCACCGACGCUCCACGGAGCUCCACCCCGGCUUUCAACGAGGAGGGGACGCGCACACACACCGCUCCUACGUACAGACAGAAGAACGAGGGAUAAACAAAGAAAAACACUGUGGUUCGUGAGGUGAAUAUUCUUUUUAUACUGUGUGUUUACCUUCCUGACUGUGGAGUUCAGCACUGCCACCGUCUCCCACAUAGACAUCAAUGCUUCCGCUGUGAGAGGAAAUCUUCAGCAAACUAUUUGAACCAUCUGCAAAAGCAAAGAAAGUCUCAGGUUACUUCCACCAGCCACUGAUAGAUACCAUACGUAAAUCGUUGCGUAAUCUUUCUUACCAAUAACUGUAUCUCCGGACACAUUCGUCACAGUGGCAUUACCUGUUAAUUAAUGAAAGCACAAGGUCAGUUUGAACUAAUCUGACAUCAUAAACCUGCCUCAUUUGACGUUAACAAGAUAAUUGAUUCCAUGUACUCUAUGAUGAGAGGCUCAUUUGUAUCAGGAAGAAAUUAAAAUUCUAUGUGGGUGACGUAUUUCUUCACAUCACAUUACAGUACUGUUUGUCCCUGUGCUCUAAUGUCUACUUCAAAGAAAUUAGUCUUUUUAGUGAUAACCCUUUUUAUAGCUAACCCCCAAAACAAACAACAAGUACAGAAUGUGUGUUAAAUUGCAAACACAUUACAGUGAAAUAGACUGUGUUUGGAUCAGACCCCGGGAUUCCUGGCUGUAUCAAAACCCUGCUGUAUCAGCCAAGUUAACAUCAUGCAGCUGUUGACUGCAAUGGCUGAUGGGCAGAUUUAUUUUUGUUUUAAGGAACAGCACAAAUUAACAAGUAGAAAAGACAACAAAUAAACACCUAAACAAGAACCAAAGGUGGCACAAUCAAAGCUAAACAAGAGCCCACUCAUUCCACCUGUAUAUUAAUACAUUUAAAACAAGACACAUACUCACAAAUAUACAUACAAAUUCUUCAAAACGUAUAUUGUCUGGCUUUCAUGGUUUUCUCUCCAGACAAGCAAAUCUGAUCGUUUACGGUCAUCAUUUAUUCAAACUAGGCGUUCUCUAUCAUUAGCUUAACCCACUCCGUAUAUUCAGGUCCAACUUGGCUUUUGGAGAACCGUAGCAGCUGAUAUAAAGCCUGUUAGUGCCGGCUUCAAAAUCCUGGGUAAACACGACCCGCAGAAGCAAAGUUGAACUGAUUCAUGCACAGGUUUACCCUUCCACUUCUGUAUUGUUUUGAUUAUCUCUAGGCCCACAUUGCAUUAAUAAAGGUGUCUUCAUUCCUUUUA